AGUCAUAAGAAUAGAUUUAUUGCACCGUGGGACUCGCGUUUGGGGAGGAGACCCCGAUCGCUUCAUCUCUAAGGAACAAUAUCUCCGUUUCUUCUUCCCCAGCGUCCUCCAUCGCCUACAAUCUUUCGAAGUUGCGACGAAUUUCGGAGCUCUGAUUCCUCCCGAAUCCCUAGCGAGGGACGGAUCUGUUGAUUUUUUUUUCAAUUUUUACGCGGAAAAAUGUUCCAGUUUUGAGACUGCGGUGCGCUCUUGCAAGCAGAGAGGAUCUCUCGAAGAAAGUUCGAAUCUUUCGAAGCUUCGAGGAACUUUGGCUUCUGAUUCCUUAACGUAAACCCCAGCGGACGGUCCAAUUUGCUGAAUCUUGGAAGGGCGGCAAGAUCUAAAUAAGGGAUUUUGGAGCGGUUCUUUUGCCACUGAUAGCGUUGGAAGCGCCCACUCCUGGGGUUUCUCUCUUUUUUUGGCGUGUAAUUAAGGUUCGCGAGGAAAAUUCUUGAUGGGAGCACAGCAAUCCAAGGAUGAGUUGCUCUACCAGCAGGUCAAUUAUGGCAACAUUGAAGGGAUCAGGGCUCUUCGCAACCAAGGUGCCGGAUUGGAGUGGAUGGACAAAGAAGGGAAGACCCCGUUGAUCCUUGCAUGCAUGAGGCAUGAUCUCUUGCAUGUUGCAAAAGUGCUGAUCGAGAUGGGCGCCAAUGUGAAUGCUUACCGGCCUGGGUGUCAUGCAGGAACGCCACUGCAUCAUGCUGCAAAAAAAGGCCUCGAGCAGACUGUUCAUUUACUUCUCUCUCAUGAAGCAAAUCCUUUCAUCAUGAAUGAUGAUUGUCACAGGGCACUUGAUUUGGCUAGAGAGAAGGGGCACUGCAAUGUUGUCCGUGCCAUUGAGAGCCGAAUAUGCCUUUUCUCUGGCUGGCUGAGAGAGCAUUAUGGGCCGGGCUUUUUGGAAGCACUUGCACCACAGUUGAUGUCAAGAAAAAUUUGGGCCGUGGUUUUACCUUGUGAUUCCCGUAAUCCCACAAGGCCUCUGAAGUUUGAAUUAGCUAUAUAUCCUGAGCUGCAGGUUGCGAAGCCACGCAUUGUUAUUUCACUUUGGAAAGCUCAUAUCGAAGAACCAAAGUCUAACCAGCCAGAUCCUGCUGUGGUUAUUGUUGACAAGGCCACUAGAACACGGUACAAGUUUUUAUCGGCAAAUGAAGGUGACAAGCAACAACUACAGUGGUUCUAUAAUGCAUGCCGAGGAAUUCAUCAGGUGAUUAAUAAUAUUCCAGUGACACCUGUAGGUGGACCCUUGCCUCCCCCAUCACAAAUCAGCUCAUAUGCAUCAGCAGCAACAAGCACACAUACAUCGAACCAGGAAGAUGUAGAGUUAGCCAUGGCCAUUAAUGCCUCUAUUCAGUCAGCUAUAGCAGAGGGAGUGCCUGAUGUCCAACCAGUUACUCAGACCAGCAACACUAAUGGCUGGGGGGGCGCAUGUGAUAAUUCUACUCACAAUGGCUGGGGUCCACCAGAUGCUGCUGCACGUUCAAAAAUGAAUGCCCAAGCACAUUUGAACGAGCCAAAUACCAGUUCAUACAAUGGAUGGGCUGCUCCUGAAGUUAGGCCAAAUAAUGGUGCAUCACAGCCUACUACCAGCCAACCUGACACUCCAAUUAUUAUUCCAUCAAAUGAGGCACCUCCUGCAGUUUUGGUUCCCUCUGCUCCACCAAUUGUUGAGGAGACAUUUUAUGAUGGACCCAUUCACUAUCCAUCAAUAGAUUCCAGUCCUGUUGAUAUAAGCAUGCCAACAAUAGAGAUAAAACCUGCAGCCAACGAAGUAAAAGAAGAUAGUGCUAGUUCUUCCAGCUUUUCUAAAUCUGGGGACGGUGAAGUUAAAGAAGACAAUAAUAGUACUUCCGGGUCUUGUGUUAUCUGUUUGGAUGCCCCAGUGGAGGGAGCGUGCAUUCCGUGCGGUCACAUGGCUGGAUGUAUGGCAUGCUUGAAGGAGAUCAAAGCAAAGAAUUGGGGAUGCCCUGUUUGCCGUGCCCAAAUAGAUCAGGUCAUAAAGCUCUAUGCUGUUUGACUGGGCAAUCUGGAUCGGAACAGUUGAUGAGGAUGACAGAUCUUGGAUGCUUUGUCAUGAAGUCCUAAAUUUUGUGACCCGAUGAGUUAGUCCAUGACGUUUAUGGAUUGUUCUGGAAUUUCCGGUGAAGGUAAAAGUAUAGUAAUAUAAUAUGUAUAUACUGCACAGAUUAUGUCAGUAAGAAGAUUGUGUUGGUCUCAUGCAUUCAUGUGCCCGAAGCAAGGUAAUGUUGUAUAUAAACAGUCUGUAAUGUUGUUAUUGUGGACAACUUUAUGUCCGUCUUGUUGUUCCAAAAAGACAGUUGUGUUACAUGUCUGCCUCACCUUUGGUACAAAGUGAUAGCUGAAAUUUAUUAGCAAUCGGUAUGCUACAUUCUGGUGGGAAAAGGUGAGAAGUUAUGUGCAAUAUUCAACCGAGGCUGUCUUCACUCAAUCUUUAAUUUUGUAGGCUUGCUCUGCGAUCUUUUAAU